UGGGCGGGGUUCUAUGGAACGGGGUGGAGGGGUACAUAAGUCAGGGCUGGAGGAGGAGGGUAGACCAGGGCAGAAUGAGUGAGUCGUCUAGCACUGUACCCUGUCCGGUGUUGGGAGAGGAGUUGGACCCGGUGGCUAGUACUGGGUCCGAAGCAGUGUCUGGUGUCCUAAGCCCUCUUACCGAGGCACUGUUCCAGAGGCACUUUGGGGGCGCCGAGCAGGGUCUAGAUCCCUUACCCGAUCAGCUGCUGCGGGGCUUUCGGGACAAGCUGUUUCGGACCUGCUCCAGGAGGGAGGCGUGGAGGCUGCUCAGGGCCCGAUUUCCUCCCUUGACCUGGCUGCCCUGGUACCCCUGGAGGACCUGGUUGCUCGGAGACGCUGUAGCCGGAGUCACCGUGGGCGUAGUGCAUGUGCCGCAGGGCAUGGCCUUUGCCCUCCUAACCUCAGUGCCCCCUGUGUUUGGACUUUAUACUUCCUUUUUUCCUGUCCUCAUCUACACCUUCCUGGGUACAGGAAGACACUUAUCCACCGGAACCUUUGCAGUACUCAGCCUUAUGACAGGUUCAGCAGUAGAGAGCCUGGUCCCAGAGCCCCCCGGGGGCAAUCUGAGCUCGACUGACAGAAUGCAGCUGGACCUGCAGAGGGUUGGGGCGGCGGCUGCAAUCGCCUUCUGGAGCGGGGCGGUUAUGCUAGGGAUGUUCGCGUUGCAGCUCGGCUUCCUGUCCACCUUCCUGUCGGAGCCAGUGGUCAAGGCUCUCACCAGUGGAGCCGCGGUGCACGUGCUUGUGUCCCAGCUUCAGAGUCUCCUGGGACUGCCCUUCCCCCGGCAGAUUGGCUACUUUGCCCUCUUCAAGACGCUGGCCGCGGUGCUCACUGCGCUGCCACAGAGCAGUCCAGCUGAAUUGACCAUCUCAGCCCUUAGCCUGGCGCUCCUUGUACCAGUCAAAGAGUUGAACGUGAGAUUCCGAGAAAGGCUGCCUACUCCGAUCCCAGGAGAGGUGUUCAUGGUGCUCUUGGCCUCUCUCCUUUGUUUUACCUCCUCUCUGGACACAAGAUACAAUGUACAAAUCGUUGGGUCACUGCCAGUUGGGUUCUCCCAACCCUUGAUACCAUCUCUGUCUACACUGCCCCUGGUUCUUGCCUACUCCCUUCCAAUUGCACUGGUUACCUUUGCUGUAUCAGUGUCUCUGGCUUCAAUCUAUGCUGACAAGCACAGUUAUGCCAUCAACCCCAACCAGGAGCUCCUGGCUCAUGGUAUCUCCAAUCUUGUCUCCUCGUUCUUCUCCUGCUUCCCCAACUCAGCCUCCUUAGCUACAACCAGUUUGCUAGUGGAUGCAGGGGGACACACACAGCUUGCAGGCCUCUUUUCCUGUGCAGUUGUCCUAUCAGUGCUACUGUGGUUGGGACCUCUUUUCCACUAUUUGCCCAAGGCUGUCCUUGCCUGCAUCAACAUUUCCAGCAUGCGCCAGAUGUUCUUCCAGAUGCAGGAGCUGCCCCAUCUGUGGCAUAUAAGCAAGAUGGAUUUUGCUGUUUGGCUGGUCACAUGGAUAGCUGUAGUGACCUUGAGUGUGGACUUGGGCCUUGCCAUAGGUGUAAUCUUCUCCAUGAUGACCAUAGUCUGCCGUACACAGAGGAUACAAUGUCUGGUACUUGGACAAGUAAAGGGAAGAGAAUUAUUCUGUCCAGUCAGAGAAAGUUCUAAGCUCUGUCAGUUUCCUGGACUACGAAUCUUCAGAUAUCCUGCCCCACUCUAUUUUGGGACCAGAGGCAGGUUUCGUCAAACUAUGGGGCAGCUGCUGGGGCUGGAGAGGCAAGAUGAGGAACUUAUGAAAUCACAUGGGUCAGCUGAGACAGGAGCGGAACUCGUUCAAGUUGUCAUCCUAGACUGUAGUGGUAUCAUCUUUGUGGAUGUGGCUGGAGCCCGGGAGUUGGUGCAGCUGGCUAGUCAGUGCAGUGCAGCCAGGAUUCACCUGCUCUUGGCCCAGUGUAAUGCUCCUGUGCUGGGGACACUAACCAGGGCUGGGCUCUUGGACAUAUUGACCCCAGAGCAACUUUUUGUGAGCGUCCAAGAUGCAGCUGCCCAUGCACUGGAGAGUCUGGUGAAGGUUUGGGGAGAAGGGGUUGGUGGAGGGAAGAUUAUGAGAAGUGAAGGUGGUCUUAGGGAUAAUGAAGUGGAUAGGAAAAGAAAACUAGACAAUGGGAUAAGAAGUGGCCAAGGAGGAGGGACAUGCAUGAAGAAGGGUAAUGGGGAGCCUAGAGGUGAGGGAGCAUGUGACUGGGAUGCAAAAGCUGAUGAGGUAGAGUGGAAAUUGAGGGAAGGAGCAAGGGGGUGGGGUAACACUUCUUAAAAGAGGACUCAAGUGGGGAGAGUUGGCCUGAAGUACCAGGGAAAAUCUUCUAGAGCAUAGUUCCCCAGCCCACUCUGCCACCUAGACUCAGGAGGGAUGAUAGGGGAGGUAGGAGGUAUGUUCCCAGAAUGCUUUCCCUCACUCUGCCCUGAUGUUCCCUUUUUCCUUUCCAGGAGCCUCUGGCCUCAAAGACUUGCAUGGUCUGGGUCUGAACCUGGCAGCUCUGCUUCUUAGGAAUACCAGUAGCACUAGAUGGAUGUAGUAGGGGAGAGAUUAUGGCCACUGAGGGAAAAACUGGGGUGGGCCUCCCUCUUUAUUCAUCAAUAAAAUGAAGUUAGCUUUUCUGUGAUCAACAUGACAAA